CAUAGACGUUACUGAUAUUUUAGUGUGUUAACUUAAUAGUGCUGUUUUAUUUAAUGUGGAGAAUAUUAAGAACUCUUAUUGUGUAGUUUUUGUAGUAGUGUUGCUUUUACUAUGAACGUCCCAGGAAGCGGAAGUAAAGUGUUUUGACUUGACAAUGGGCGACUUGACAGUUGUGGUCGCCAUGGGCAACACAUGCGCGACGAACCUUGACCAUGUUGUUUUGCUCUUUUAUUGAAGUUUACUUUGUUUGAAUCGAUAGCCUCUCUUAAGAAAUGGCGCCUAAAAAAGCUAAAAAUGAAAAGGCGAAGAAACCUCCCACCGCACAAGGUCCGGAAGCCAAGACUUGGGAGAGUGAUCUUGCUAACGCACUGUUUGAAGAGGAGAAAUGGCGAGCCUGUGUGUGUUUCAUGGUCGGAAGAAGUCCACAUGACGAGGACCUAAUCCCCACUUUGAUUCGAGCUGUGCAGCCACCGCAACGCAAACUUUUUAGCGCACUGACAUGGGAACACACAGCAGCAAAGAUUAUAGAAUAUGGGAAUCCCAAAGCUAAGAAACGUGAACAUUUCCCUCAAUUUUAUGAGGUGACCGAGCGUGCAAAGGUGCUGCUCGACGCAAAAGAGGAGAUUCCUACACAGCUGAUGGCCCAAAUAGUCAAGUUUAUGUUCCUGCAGAUCAAAGAUAAUGACCAUCAGAGGAGAAAAGCAAAACAAGCGGACGAGACGGCUGUGACCACCAAGGACAAAGCAGGCCCCAAAGGCAAAGGCAAAGGCAAAGACAAAAAGCCAAAGGAGGAGCCACCCCCCAAGGCCCAAACAAAGCUUAAACGGAGGGAUGAAGUUGAGCCGCCUAAGUACAUAGACGACGAGCCAGUUGACGGCCCUCAACACUACAUCCUGCUGCUUGGCUUUCACCAGCCUCAAUUGGUGGGGGCGCUUGACGCUGCGGGCGUGCGCGUGUCCAACGUCAUCAGUUUGAGUUCCCCGCACCCACCGCAGCAGCAGGAGGGGGAUGAGGAAGAGGAGGAGGAUGAGAACUCUGAGGCCAAUGCCAAACUUGAUGAGAUUGCUGCUAAAGAGAAGUGGGAUGCUCAGGCCAAGGUGCUUGACCACUUCUGGUCUGGUUUGAGACAAGUGUUAGACAACGCCGCAGGCAACUCUCAACUGCACGACGUGGCUCAGCUGGAGUAUACGGUCCCGGAUGUCCUGAUAACAAUUGAUCCGGAGGAUCCCGAGGCUGUGAUGGGCAUGGCGACACAAAUGUUUGAGGGCGUGGCCAACCUAAUCUACGACUGUCUGGACUGGCGCAGGCAGCACCAGCACUACAUAGACACCACCCACUUCUUAGCUGUGCCCACUGUAGUCACGGUGGACCGCUCUCUACCUCCAGAGCCUCCACCAACUCUAUCGCCACAGUCCAAGAAAUCAGGGCGCCCUCCUCCACCAAAGAAGGCGACAUUGUCUCUCACCACUGAUGUAGACAUGCAUCACUACAGCAGCCUUCUGGACCACAUACCAGCUGAGGCCUGCUCGGUGCCGCUGAUCUUGCACUGCAUGCUGGAGCAGGUUGUGUUGUCGAGUGAGCAGUUCCUUCAGCCACUCGUUUCUGAUGAGUCAGGGCCUCAGAAUGUCCCCCCUCUGGACCAUGAGCUAGUUGGUCAAAUGCUAAACACAAUCUUGCCUCGGGUCCACGCAGACGAAGAGAGGAAACACUUGCUGCAAUGUUUGUUGACCACAGUAAACAGAGAAGAGGACAAGGAGAUCAUUAAGGAAAAGUUUGACAAAGAAGAGACUCCCAAGAAGCCUGAGCAACCUGUGAUCAUUAGACACCAUGAUGAAAGAGCACUGCGCCUAUUUGGUGUAAAUGGGGUUCAGGGUUUUGAUCCACCCCAGGUGGAGGCAUCCAUGAUGAGGUGGUCACCAGUAUGGGAGCUAAUCGAUUCUGUGGCUCAUAGACAAAAAAGCUCCUGCUGGAGGGCCAUUAAGCAACAACUCCAGCACCAAUGCACUGACGAGGAAGUGUCAUGGCCACAAGUGGAGCGCUUUUUUCACCAGAGUGUGUUUGAGAGCAUGUGGCUGACUGGGAUGGAUGAAAACGGUGUCCUGAGAAAAGAUUCUGGAGCUCUGAGCAUGUUGGACACAGUACAAAACCACCCCCUAAACCCAUGGGACAACCCGCUGUCUUUUGCCAAGAAAACUCUGCGCAAGAAAUGUUCAAAGUUUGUACACGAAGACUAUGCUACCACAAAGGUCAGCGAGCGACAAGAAAGUCCGCUGUCCCUAGCAGAUAUUCAGAGUUGUCGACUAAGGUCUCUCUUAGACUGGCACUAUGUGGAACACUACGACGCUGCCAUCUUACCACAGGUUCUUCAGUCAGCUGCUCAGCAAUAUCGCUGUGUGGACACUCUCAGAGGAAGUCAUAAUAAUGUCAUGUACGUCUUCUGCCACAAUCCCAUAAGUCCUCAUCACAUGUGCACAGAAUUCUGGAAUGUAGACCUGCACACGGACGUCAAGUUCAGGAUAUACUUGGAGCAUGUAGCAGACACCAUCACAGAGUGGACUGAGAAAGAGGAGUUGAAGAGAAAUCAGAUGAAGAUCAACAGAGUUAGCGUUGCAGAGAGUUCAGAAGACUCAGCAGAAGAUGAAGCGGCAUCAAAGGAGACGUUCGUCACAAAAGACUCCAUCAAAGCUUCCUUGUUGGAGGAGGAGAAGCUAAAGGAAGAGGACACCAAGAAAGGUAAGAAGCCAGGGAAAGCAGCGCCAGCCAAGGGCAAGAAGCAGACGGAUGAAGUGAAGUCUAAAGAUUCCAAGAAAAGUGACAAAUCUGCGGCGACUGCUAAGAAAAGCAAAGCCGAAAAGGACAGUAUCUCAGCCUUGACUUCAGACCCGUCCCUUUCCAGUAGACCUGAUCUCAAAGACGAGCCCAGCACUGGAUUCAUAGGCUUCCAUAUGGAUGGGAUGUUGAUCCAUUUGUUGGGUCAACUCCAGUACCUCUUUCCAUCAGAUGGGGGUCACAUCACCGUGGAGACCAUCAACUAUGUGGAAGGUUCUAGCAUGCUAAAAGUGGCUGUGAGGAAGGAUGAUCAUCAUUUCUACACACAUAUCAGCCAUGUUGUCCAAACAGCCAAAAGUGAUGUCAAAGACGCCACACCAACAGAACAUCCUGUGAAGAUGACCACAGUGAAGCGGCGCUCCUUCUCAGCCCUGCUGGAUAGCGGUGUCCAUCUCUCCUAUAGUUUCUAUGGGCCAACGGGAGAAUACAAAGAGAGUCACAAGGAUACUGAAAUAGAGCCACAAAAAGCCAUGGAACCAGUGCAGGACCUGAAUCCCUCUGUGGCAGAACCCCCAAACAUUGACAACGACCCUUCAGAGGUGUGUGAAGGCCAAUCAGAAGAGUCCUUAAUUCCAUUCAAGAGCCUCAACUUGUCCCUCCCAUGCGGCCUACUGUUGCAGUUUCUGCGUGACGAAGAGGACCCGAGUAUGCUUGUGCGGCUGAGUUUUCACACCCCGGGCCAUCAGGACCCCUCCCUUGCCAAAGAGGCGUCUCGCAUUGUUACCAGCCAUGGAGCCGUGAUCCGAUACAUGAAGGACGGCUCCUCAGAGUUGCUAUUUGCAGAUGGUUCAAUCAGUUCCAGCUCGGACUCUGGUCCAGUGUGGGUGCAGGAAAUUGACUGUAGCUCUACAGAAGAGCAAAAUUCAGAGAAGCCGACUCCUCCUCCUCGAGGUUUUUGGACAACUACGACUCCCUCUGGUGCUCGAAUCAGUACCAUUGGUACCACACAAAAAUAUAACCCAACGACCCCUCUUCUAACAUACAAUAAGUCAGACCCGGUGACUCAAGAGAUGAUGCUGAGCCGAGAAGAUCUAGUGGUCUUAGUGCAGAAACCAGACGGAUCUUUGACUGUUGAACAUGCAGAUGGAACCAGGAUCACCACGCUCUACCAUGACAGGCCACCGAGCAUGUGUGAUGACAGGGGGCCUGCUGGGGAGACUGAGGAAGGAAGCGCUGACACACAUUCUUGUGGUAGCAUGCCCUUCAAAGAGAAGGUGGUGUUAGUGGAGAACGAGUCUUUCGCCACCGUGGUGAUGUACCCAGAACGACACAUAGCGGAAAUCUGGUUGGCGGAUGGGACUAUCAUCACUGGGAAUAACAAGGGAGCCUAUCAGGUGGUCCCAUCCAGCAUGGGUCUCCUGCAGAUCCAAAGUGACGGCAAGUUUGUUUACUCCAGCGGGCCCCCUCAGGGUGCCCACUCCUCUUUCAUAAUGAGCCACACAGACCUUGUGGCCUGUGACUUAACAGACCUCCAUGGAAACCACUUCCAGGUAUUGGAAGAUGGCCAGGUAACAGUCCAUAAUGUUGGCCCAGAUCCAGGCACGCUGCAGGAAGAAGAGGAAGAGGAGGAGGAGGAGGAAGGGGAGGACACAGAAAUAUCUAUGUGUCAUGGGAAGCCCAGAGGACAUUAUCCCAGGCUCUUCUUGGUGCAUGAGGAUGGAUCCGGUUCUGAACUUCUGAAUUCUCAAACUGUGGUGGAACUGCUGGACCAGGCUCACUUAGACCCCACUGUGGCUCUGCUGAAGGAUCCACUACCAGACACACAAGAUGAGUUCGGCAUCACCUUCCUGAAGCCCAGCAACGAGAGCGUGCGCUCCAAAUGGGUGCAAGAAAAGCAGGACCUUAAUGUCAUGCUUCAGAACUUUAUGAACCGCAGUUCGCAUGAAUUUCCCUUUGUCGAGAAGAGUUCAAGUCCUUUAGGGACCACCACAGUACGAGGUCUGACCCUGGGAAACUGGGUUGGUCGAUCAUCAGUAGCCAUUGUAGCCAUGCAGAACUGCCCUAAGGUCCUGGAAAUUAGGGAAAUUUGCCAGCACCGAGCCAUCACCAGAAGGUUUAAGAAUAUUAUCGAUAUGCGACUGAAGGGCUACAUUGAGAGUUUGAUGGAGAAGGCACAGUGGUCAGCAGAUGUGAUGCUCAAGGAUCCUCGCAGUGAAGAGGAGCGUGUCCAUGCAGGUGUUCUGCUUACUCAGUCUCUUAUAGAGAUAAAGGAUGAACACCCCCUUGAAAACAGGACACCAGGACAUAUUGGCAACCUGUACAGUCAAGCCAUGCAAGCGCCAGCUGAGGUGUUGGAUGAUUCUGAGGAUCUCGCUAUUGCACCGAGCGCCAGCUGUGAGGUCAAAGAGACAAAGUGGGCUGACAGACUGGAGCAGCACAGACAAGAGCUGUUUGAGGUGAAAUAUUGCGUAGAUGCCCUGAAGAAGAAGCUCAUUGUACCAUACUUCCACCCAGAAAACUUCUCUGUACACCAGAAUCUUCUCCACCUUGGAAGUCCAGACAUUAGGAGGCCAAUCUUUGAAACCUUUCCCAGGCCAGACGAUACAGUGGAAGCCUUCCACUUUGAUGUCCUACAAAACUACACACCACAACCCUCCAUCCCAACACCAACUCAUUCUGCCAGUCGGGCAGCAGUGAGGAGCAGGACACCUGCAAUGAGACCUCAAACUGCAGGUCACAGCAGUCGGACGGACUACUAUAGCCCGCUCAGGUCAGCCCAGGUGAAUGUGAUCGGGGAGCCCAGACGGACGAUAGUGAGACUACCGCCAACAAUUGUCAGCUCCAAACCCUACAGUGUGCCAAAUUAUCACUUCCACUCUGUGGAGGAGCCGGUGCGGCGCAGGUGUCGUACCAUUUCACUAGCUGGUCCGGGUGCUGUCAUGAGGGGCUUUGAGCUCCGACCGUCCAGCGUUGACUUUGGGACACAGAAGGAGGGAACAUCCUCUGCUAUCACCGUGGUGAUGAAGAAUGUGGGCGUGGACACCUGCAGAUUCCACAUCAUACAACCUCCCACCUCUUCAGGCCUGCGUGUCAAGUACCACCCAGGGCCUGUGCCUGCAGGUUUGCACAUUGAACUGCAGAUUGAGCUGUUUGCCAUGUGUCAGGUCCAUGAAGGCAACAUGGACCCCAGAAAGUACAUCUUCCAGGACAUUGUCAUCCGCACAGAAACUGACAUCCUCUAUCUGCCUGUCAUGGCCAUCAUCCUGCCUGAGGGCUUGUAUGAGAUUUGGGUGAAGGAUUACUCUAGUCCAAGCAGCAGGAAACACUUCAGGCAGCCCAAACAGUCCUCCAGCCUUCCAGCAGCUCAGGGACUUGGACAGACUUCACCCAGUGCACGAGGGGUGAGCGCUGCAGCACACACAGCGCACCAUAAAUGCAACGCAAGUCUGUGAUCAUCAGUGCAGUUCAAUGAAAGAUGUGUAAAGAAAAGCUAAUAAAGAUUUAAACUCCUUUUUUUUUUAACAAUCCAGUCAAACAUGAGAUUUCACAUGAAUACAAAACAA